GCCCCCAGCAUGGCGGCUGCGCGCGCUGCCGUACGACCAGCGCUCAGGCUCUUGCUUAGCCACGGCCUGGCCCCUCGCUAUGCCCCGCCGUGCCCGCCACAGCCGGCCCGCGCAGGCAGCGUCAACAUCCGGAGCCCCUGCGGCGGAGUUAGGAGCGGCUCCCACGUCCGCAGCUGUGAGAGCGGGGCCGGGGUGGUGGGGGAGGACGCAGAGGAGCCCGAGGAGGAGGAGGAGCUGCUGAGCCGGGAACCACUGCUGCCCGCUGCGGCCCAGCGUGUGUGCGUCCUACAUCCUGACGUCAGGGGCCGCGCCGGAAGGAAGGCGCACGACACAGAGUAUCAGGUGGCGGAGGCUGCCGCGCUGGUGCGCGCAUUGCAUGGCUGGUCGGUGGUGCGGACCCUGGUGGUGCCCACGGGGGUCCCAGACAGCAAGUUUGUCUUUGGCAAAGGAAACUUCCAGGAGCUGACGGAGAAGAUCAAGGGAUCUGUGGACAUCACGUGUGUGUUUCUGAAUGUAGAGAGGAUGACAGCUCUGACCAAGAAGACCCUGCAGACUGCCUGGGGUGUCCAUGUGUUGGACAGGUUCACUGUGGUACUGCACAUAUUCCGCUGUAAUGCCCGCACCAAGGAGGCCCGGCUGCAGCUGGCUCUGGCGGAGAUCCCCCUGCUCAGGUCUACCCUGAGCAGCUGCUCUGCCCAACCGGACCAGCAAGGAAGGGGCUCACGGUACAUCAUGGGGUCAGGAGAAUCAUCCACAGAGCUGUGCCAACGGGCACUGAAGGAGAAGGAGGCGAAGAUCAGGCGUGCGCUAGUGCGGUUGCAGGAAAAGCGGAGUGUGCUAAGGAAGCAGCGCUUGCGGCGCGAGUUCCCCAUUGUGUCUGUUGUCGGCUACACCAACUGUGGGAAAACCACACUCAUCAAGGCCCUGACGGGGGAGGCCACCAUGCAGCCAUGUGACCAGCUGUUCACAACCCUAGAUGUCACAGCACAUGCGGGGUUGCUGCCAUCAUGCAUGCCCGUCCUGUACAUGGAUACCAUUGGCUUCCUGUCACAGCUGCCACAUAGCCUGAUCCAGUCGUUCUCCACCACGCUGGAGGACGUGGUGCUUUCGGAUGUUAUCCUGCAUGUGAGGGACAUGAGCCAUCCCAACACAGAGCAACAGAAGGCCAGUGUCUUGUCUACACUGCAAGGUCUGCAGCUGCGGCCUGCGCUCUUGAACUCCAUGUUGGAAGUUCACAACAAGGUGGAUCUGGUUCCCGGGUACAGGCCCCCAGGGCACCAUGUCCCGGCCGUGUCUGCACUCCUGGGCCAUGGGCUAGACAAGCUGAAGGCGACACUGGAGGAGUCGGUUCUGCAGGCCACUGGCCGGCGGGUGCUCACCCUCUGCUUACGGCUUGGGGGACCCCAGCUCUGCUGGCUGUACAAGGAGGCCAAGGUGCAGCAGGUGCAGGAGCUGCCCAACACUGACAUGGCCCAUGUGACCGUUAUCAUCAGCCAAGCCACCUAUGGCCGUUUCCGGAAGCUGUUUCCUGAGUGACAGCCUGGAGUGGGGUGUGGAUACAGAUUCUGGCCAUGGUAUUGUCCCACCACUUUUUCUUUCCCAGCUGUUCCCUGAGUGACAACCAGGACCAGAUAUGGAUUCAGCUCGUGGGAGGGUGUUUGUGGAUGGCCCCAUGUAGUCCUCCUCCUUCCUCCCUGACUGGCAGCUCAUUAAAGCAGGAUUUGCACUUUG